GAGAGGACCCCGGCCCAGCUGCUCGCCGUCCUCACGGGCGCGGAGGCGGGCGGCUCCGAGGCGCGCCUCUGCGCCGCGGCGGCCGCGCGGUCCGCGGCGGCGCCCUUCCAGCAGGGCCUGGAGCUGCGGCUGGAGGAGCCCCGCGCCGCCCUUGGGGAGCUCGGCGGCUCGGUGAGGGUGGCGCGCCCGUCCGAGGCGACAGCCAGGGCGCUGGCCUCUGCCGGACUUGAGCCGCAAGGGAACCUGUCGCCAGACAAUUUCGUGUUGCGAGGCUGCGUUCUGCGCAACACGGCGCUGCUCCUCUCCGUGGUGGCCUAUGUGGGGGACGAGACGAAGACUCGGCUGAACAUGGCAAAGCACCGUGCGAAACGAUCCAAGAUGCAGCAGCACCUCAACCGCGGCGUUCAGGGGCUAGUGGCUACACUCUUGACGUUCCUUCUGUACGUCACCGUCAGUGCAUCGAUCCAGGGCUUCGACGGGGAGCCCCAGUCGUGGAGUAGCACAAGACUAGUUCCCGAGGAUUGGGCACCCACCUGGGUCAGGCGCAUCAUGUGGUACUGGAUUAUUCUGUACCAGAUCGUCCCCAUCAGCUUAUACGUGUGCUUCGAAGUCAUGAAGCUGAUCUUAGCCUACCAGGUUGUCACCGACCCUCAGAUGGUCGAUCCCGAGACGGCGCUUCCUGCGCUGGCACGGACGGCCGACCUCAUGGAGGAGAUGGGCCAAGUUGAUUUCGUGUUCUCCGACAAGACGGGCACCCUCACGGAGAACGAGAUGGUGUUUGCCCGGUGUUGCGUGCACGGUGAAGACUUCGGGGACUUCCGCUUCUCGAAGGCCAGCAGUCCCCGAGUGCCGCCCGGCAUGCAGGCGGUGCGGAAUGUCCUGGGCAGGCAGCCGGGGGACGAGCAGCGCGAGGGGACGAGGUGGCUCCUGCUCUGCCUGGCGGCCUGCCACUCCGCGCAGGUGGACCGCGACCAGCACGGGCGCUGCCGCUUCUCCGGCAGCUCCCCCGACGAGGUGGCCUUCCUGGAGGCGGCUCAGCAGGUGGGCGUGGUGCUCACCGGCCGUCGGCGCCUGCCGGGGGGCGCCGGCACGGAGCUGACGGUGGAGCUGCCCGGAGAGGGCGCCCUCACCGUGACCCUCCUGGGCGAGAUCCCCUUCUAG